UUCAGAGCCCAAAACACAAGUUGUGGACUUUGAGGCCACUCUCACAGAGACCGGUUCUCAUCUCUCAAGCUCACCAACAUCAAAAUCCUCACGAGCUGAAGCUCAACCUCAAUCAAACGGUCUCGCCCAAACAACUCAUUCGAAAAUUUCAGAUGGAACUCAAGCCACCCAAGAAGGAAUAUGCUCAUUACAACCACACUGACCCCUGCAGAUCUUUGCGCUGGAAUGCUAGGGAAAGCCAUGAGUUCAUGUACAACCGACCAUGGAACCAAGUUCUUGAUUUUUAUUCCCAACUUGUCAAUGGAACCGUGUCUUUGUCAGUAUUGUUUGGGGCACAGAAGUGUCAUGUUGUUGAUGAUGGUAUUGAUGCUGAAAUUCCUGAGUUUUCAAAUAUAACCGAAUUAGAGCGUGGUUUGCUUGACAAAAAGUCUAGUAGGUGGGCAAGGGUCACAUUCAAAGUUGAUGUUGCUUAUCAUGGUGCUUCCUUUGAUGGGUGGCAAAAGCAGCCAGGAUUAAACACUGUUCAAAGUUUGGUAGAAAAAUCUCUUGGAAAUUUUAUUGAUGAGAGUAAAGCGCAGUUGUUGAAAAACAAAUCUUUACCAAUAGAAGGUUGUGUUACUGUUGCCGGACGCACUGACAAAGGAGUCACAGCCCUUCAACAAGUUUGUUCUUUUUAUACUUGGAGAAAGGAUAAUAAAUGUAAAGAUAUUGAAGAUGCAAUCAAUGAUAUGGCACCAGGAAAACUCAAAGUCAAAUCUGUUUCUGAGGUAUCACGUGCCUUCCAUCCGAAUUUCUCUGCCAAAUGGAGGCGGUACCUAUAUAUUUUCCCCUUAAGUGACGAGAAGGAUAGUCGAAGUAACGAGAAUGGAGAGGUUUUUGAAGAUAACGGAAGCAAUGAAAAUUGCAGUGACAAAAGAAAUGGAUGGGAGGCAGAUAACAAUGAUAUAGAAGAGUUAGAAAGCGGGAAGAAACCACAAACAUUUAGCGUAAACCGGGUGAACCAGCUUUUACAACAAUUAGAAGGAAAGCUACUAUCGUACAAGAUGUUUGCACGCGAUACAAAAGCUUCUAGAAAUGAAGGUCCACCAACAGAGUGUUUUCUCUACCAUGCUCGAGCCACAGAAGCCCAAUUACCAACUUCGGAUUGCACAGAAGGAACAAGGGUUAUGUGUGUCGAAUUGAUAGCUAACCGGUUCUUAAGGAAGAUGGUUCGGGUGCUUGUGGCGACAUCGAUAAGAGAAGCAGCUGCAGGUGCAGAAGAAGACGCAUUGCUAAAGCUGAUGGACGCCACAUGCAGACGUGCCACUGCUCCCCCAGCACCCCCUGACGGCUUGUCUCUUGUGGAUGUAGGAUAUACAGAGUUUAAUUCCCAAAUUUGUUUUAUUUAGGAAAAAUGAGUGAAUUAUUAUUUACUGGGAUUGUUCCACAAAGCCAUUUUUGUAAGCUCAUUGUUUGAGUUCAGGAAUGUAAAAAGAAAACUCCACAUAUUGAUAAGCAUCUUAUUGUUCCUAAUUGAACGAGAAUAAUUUAUAAGAGAAAACUUCAUGAUGGUGUAUAUAAAUGACCAGUUUAUCAUUUUUUU